AUAAAUAACUAUUGAAGGGACAUUUUUUAUCAGCAUCCAAAAAUGAUAUCACCGACUAUCUACACGAUAAUUUUAAUAAUCCCGGUUUUCAUAACACAAGUUGAUGGUAUGGAACCAUGGAAAAAAAGCGAAAAAAAUGGCGAACAAGGCUCGGAGGUACAACUACCGUGUAUCUUAAAAAGUCCUCGAUGUGGUGGUCUUCACAGUAUCAAGUGGUAUCGAGGUACCCAACGGAUAUUCAUAUUCAGCGAGAGUGCUGGCAUCACACGUGGUAACAACGACAUUGCCGCCAGGUCAACGAUGAAUUACAAUAAAAAUGCAACGAAAACUUAUCUUAAAAUAUCAGAUUUGAAACUUGAAGAUGAGGGCUUAUACAAAUGUGAAGCAACAUAUUUAGCUGUUAAUCGUGAAUGUAAUAACGUACAGCAUAUAACUCUUAAUACAACUGUACGCCCUAAAUUUGUACGAAUUACAGAAGAAGAUGAAAACACAAAUUUAACUUCGGGCACUAUUUUAGGACCAAUUAAUGAAGGUACAUUAAUGACAUUGAAUUGCGAAAGCGAUCAAGGAAAACCCGUACCUACUGUUGAAUGGUAUAAAGGCGAUCAGCGACUUAAAGCGAUUGGUUCAACGAAGAUCCAAGAAAAUGGAGUUGGAACAGGAAGUAGUGUGUUACAGUUGCAAGUUGGCCGCAAUGAAUUAGGUGCUACCUUUACAUGCAAAAUCAGCAGUUUGGCACUUGCUGAACCUCUAACUGUCGACAUCAAGCUUGACGUUCAUGUACGACCACUGAAAAUGGACGUCAAGGGUGUGGUAGGACAUGUAGUGAGUGGCACUAAAAUUUUACUUGAAUGUAAAGUGAGUGCAGCAAGACCACCAGCAAAUGUCACCUGGUAUAACGGAACAGAUUUUCUCACGAACGACAAUGAUCGAUUUGAGAUGUUUGAAACUAAAAUAGAUGACAAUAGCGAUGGUACAUCUGAGACGAGCAGUUAUCUUGCUUUUACGGCAUCAGAGUAUGAUAAUGGUCAAACAUUUAGUUGUUUUGCUGAGAAUUCAGUCACACGAGUUGAAGGAAUAAAGCCAAUGAAAGAAGCUACGACAAUUGAAGUACUAUAUGCUCCAAUUAUUACUAUGCACCCAGCCAACAUUACCGUCAACGAGACUGAAGACUUUGUCAUAAUUUGCAACUACGAAGCCAACCCUGCGGGCUUAACAUCCGUCAAGUGGUUACGAGAUGAGCAAGAGCUUGUACUAAAUGAAGAUCACUAUGAGGGUGGUGUAACAGAACAGACAUCUCUAACGGUUAAAAAUGCAACUGCUUCAGACAUGGGAACAUAUACAUGUGUACUUAGUAACAGCGUUGGGGAAUCAAUGUCCAAAGACACAGUUGACGUUUCUGUUCUCUAUAAACCAAUGGUUAAAGUAAUAGUAGAACCAGAAGUCCCGAUUAAUGAGGCAGAUCGUUUGAAUGUAUCACUUACGUGUUAUGUAAUUAACGGGAAUCCAAUAAACUUAAAUGCAGUAAGGUGGUAUCUAGAUGGUGAUUUAUUGAAGGAGUUACCAGACUGCAAUGUCAGAAAUUUAACAACCGUAAAUGUCGACGACACUUCAACGUUUUGCGACAUCGAUCCAAGCAAAUUGCUGUUGGAGGCAGUCGGCCGUUCGUUUCAUGGAAAUUAUUCGUGUGAGGGUCGCAACGACGCUGGAUGGGGUUUAAUUUCACCAAGUACUCCAGUAAUUGUAUACUAUAAACCAGGUCCAGCUAUUAUAAGUUAUCAGCCAAAACGUGUUAUAAAAGGUAGCUCACUAAAUAUUACCUGUUCCGUAAUUGAUCCUGGUCGACCACCGGUCACAGGCUACAAGUGGAUACGUGGAAUGCAUCGUCUUGCUGAUCAAGAGAAACCCAUUCUUAAUAUCGAUUCAGUCAAUCUCAGAACUAAAGCAAACUUUACGUGUAUCGCAUAUAAUCAAGCCGGAGAUGGUGAUCCAGCUACGACCUUUAUUGACGUUGCUGCCCCACCUGGAUUUAUAAAUCCACUUGCACCAUAUAAUGGUUAUGUGUACAAUGCAGUGAACGUAAGUAUCGGAUGUCGAGUUGAGUGCUCGCCCAUCUGCAACGUGUCGUGGAUCAAGAACAACGUGCCAAUUAAUUUCACAGCAACGGAUAGGUAUUAUGUAACUAAUGUAUACCAUCCAGCUGACCAAAGUACCAGUGACUUUGAGAGUAUUCAGUCUAAUUUAACGUGGAAUUUAGACGUCUGGCCAAACAGACAACUCGAUCGAUUUAAGGACAAUGACAAUUAUACAUGUAUUAGUAGUGAUAAUGAUGUUGGUAAAGGAGUACAAAGUACAACUCAUUUUCAAGUUGAAUUUCCGCCAGAAAAUAUGACAAUAUCAACAAAAAAAAUAAACGUUACUGUUGACUUUAUACCAGAGAGUGUAAAAUGCGGGGCUAUUGCUCACCCUGAACCAACUUUUCGGUGGUACCGAGAAGGAUCUACUGAAACAAUAUCUCAAAGUCCAGUUCUUGUUUUUGAAACUAGAGUACCUAAACGUAGUAAUGGAACGUAUUUUUGUGAAGCUACAAAUCGACAUGGAACUAACAAUAUUUCAACAUAUCUCAAUGUUCUCUAUAAACCAGAGUGCCAAAUAAAUAAAGAACGUAUUAAUGGAGAAGAUUAUCUCGUAUGUACAGCAGUUGGUAACCCCAAGGUGUCAAACUUUAGUUGGUCGUUGAAAAGCGACAAUGAUUCUCUUGGCCAACUUGCUGAGAUUCGUCAAGGCAAAAGUUAUCUUCUAUUGGAUACUGCGGUUACAAACUUUCGUACUUAUAUUUGUAUUGCAAACAACUCAAUUGGAUCAUCACUUCCGUGUGAACGUGGAGUACCUGGCAAUCUUCCAUGGUGGCUUCAAUUGGAGGGUGAUCUUCUUAUAAUAGUUAUCAUCAUCGUGGUUACUAUUUUUGUAGCCAUUAUUGUGUGUUGCGUUAUAGUUUAUCUAAUAUGUCGACGUAAACAAAUGCAAGCGAAAUAUCCCGGUCAUCAAGGAAAGAACAAUAAUCACAUUGACAGCGUGUCCGAAGCCUUGCAACCAGAGUCCGAUGCAAAAACGUUUUAUGAAAAUCUUCCAUUUCAUGGAAUCCAAACACCACCUAAUAAGCAUAUGAACGAGUAUGAUUAUAAAGAACAUUAUCAAAAGUAUCAACUGCAAAAACAACAAGAAAUGCAACAAUACAAUUAUCACCCAAGUAGUAGCAACUACAGUAAUAGCAUCAGUUUCAAUAAUCAACUAACAUUACCAUUAACACGUAAUCUGUAUCAUUCUUCAGCAAUUAGUCCUCUGCUAGCAUCACUAGUCCAAACUAAUAAUACUAAUAAUUUAAUAAUUAAUAAUACAACAACAACAACAUCAACAACAAUAACAACAACAGCAACAGAAGGAACAAUAGUAUCAGCACGUCAUUAUUAUGGUAAUCGUAAUAAAAAUGAUGGUAGUGCGAGUGACAGUGGUCAUAUUAAUGGUAAUAUGAGUGAGACAAUGUCUCUAUCAUUAUUGCGUAGUCAACGACUUGAUCUUGAUCUAACUUAUAAUUAUCAUCAAACACCAAGUCAUCGACAAUCGUCAACAGGACAACGACGUAGUGAACGAAAAAAAUAUCGUACCAGCAAACACGAGCGUAAUGAUCGUAAAACAAAAUAUAGACGUUCAUCAGAUGGACGUAGUAGUUGUAAUAAUAGAUUAUUAUCAUCUAAUGAAAUUGCGUCAUCAAAUUUAUCAGCAUCAUGUGAAACAAGUUUUGGUCGUAUUCAGGAGCUCGGUAUUCCUGAAAGCUAUAAAAUAUCAUAUCCACACUAUUAUGAAGAUAACAAUACUGUUACUAUUGAUUCAACAGAUUAUCAUUCAAAGCUAAAUCAAAAAAUUAUACCUAAUAAUCUAUCAGAUUAUUAUUCUGAUAAAAAUAUUAAGGAUAGUAAAAAUACAUAUCCAGAAAAUUUUUUACAACAAUUAACAACAACUACUACUGUUAAUACUACUACCAGUACUGCUACUACUACUACUACUACUACUACUACUACUACUACUACUAAUAGUACUUCUACUAUUAAUACAACAACAACAACAACAACAACAAUUACAAUAACAACACUACCUUCUGAAGUAACGACUUUACCUACAACAGUCAAUCAAUAUCCACAAAUUGAUAAUAACUUUCGUGAUGUUGGUCAAGAGAUUGACGUUUAAAGCCUUUUAAACCUGAAUUUUCGGAUUUGGAUUAUGCGGACGUUGACUAUAGAUCUUAUGGGCCUAUUAACUACAAAGCUGCCAGUAUUGC